CUGGACAGAAUGUUUGCUUCGACGUCACAAAGACAUGAUGAUGGUUUGCGGGCGUCUUACAAUAUCUCGUUACUUAUAGCAAAAUCCGGAAAACCGCAUACUAUCGGAGAGAAGUUAAUUUUGCCAGCCGUUGAAGAGGUUUUAAAAACUGUUUUACACAAACCUGCAUCUGAUAUCAUUAAAAGAAUUCCUUUAAGCAACAAUACUGUUGAAAGACGUAUUGAUGAAAUGAGUUCCGAUAUUGAAAGCUUCUUAUGUAAUUAUUUGCAAGCGACCCAUUUCUCUAUACAACUGGACGAGUCAACUUUACCUGAUAAUGCAGCAUUAUUAUUGGCAUAUGUUCGUUUUAUUACAAAUCAAGAAAUCUACGAAGAACUGCUCUUCGCAAGAACUUUGAUAACCGACACCAAAGGUGAUCCAAUAUUUCAUGUUUUGAAGGAUUACUUCAUUGAAAAAGCAAUUCCUUUAUCAAAUAUAAUAUCAGUAGCUACAGAUGGAGCACCUGCCAUGGUUGGACGGGUGA